AUGAGACAUCCUUGGAGGCUUUUAUUUGUUGCAGUACAAGUAGGCAAUGUCGAAUUCAUUACAACUUUACUUUGUUCUUAUCCCGAUCUAAUAUGGAGAUUGGACGACAACCAUCAAAGUAUAUUUCAUGUUGCUGUGCAAUAUCGCCAAGAAAAGAUCUUCAAGUUCAUAUAUGAGAUUGGUGCCAUUAAAGAUUUGCUCGCGACUUAUGUAGACGACAAUACUGGAAAUAACAUUCUUCAUUUGGCUGGCCUUUUACCAUCUUCUGAUAGGCUUAAUUGUAUAUCAGGUGCAGCUCUACAAAUGCAGAGAGAGAUGUUGUGGUUUAAGGUAGUUGAAGAUCUUGUACAGCCCCAGCUUGCAGAAGCUCAGAACUUCGACGGGGAAACCCCAAGGACUUUAUUCACCAUAGAGCACAAAGAACUAAGGAAAGAAGGGGAAGAAUGGAUGAGAAAAACAGCUGGUUCAUGUAGUGUUGUUGCCACUCUAAUCACAUCUGUAGUGUUCAGUGCAGCACUGAAAGUGCCAGGUAACGACACUAGCUCAUUCGCUAAGCCUCUCGAUCAUGGUGCAUGGUAUUGGUUGUUUGCAAUCUCUGAUUCUCUAUCCUUAAUAUCAUCCACGGCAUCAAUAUUGAUGUUCUUGUCAAUAUUAACUUCAAGAUAUGCUGAAGAAGAUUUCCUUUAUUCGUUACCUCGAAAGCUAAUGAUAGGCCUCACUUUGCUCUUUAUCUCCAUAGCUACAAUGAUGAUAGCUUUCACGGCAACUUUUCAUAUUAUUUUUAAGCCUGGUUUGUUAUUUGUUGGCACUUCUGUCUUAGCUUGUGUUCCAAUCAUACUGUUUGGAAUACAGGAGUUUCCUCUCUUACUCGAGGUUUAUCGUUCAAUUAUUGGAUGUCACUUCAUUUUCAAACCUCACCACCAUCAACUAUUUUGAUCAGCUUAAUCUUGCAAUAUCACACAGCAAUAUGUUUUGAGAAGUUUUGGAUAUAUACUGUAUAGUAGGGUGACGUUGUGGUAGUAUUUCACCAUUAUUUGUUGAUUGUAAAUGUGUUCAUUCUUGAUUUCCCAACUAUGGAGUUUUUUGUUGCCUUUAUGUAUUCUAUGAACGUGUGGGUACACUCUUUGCU